UGGGUGCUUUCUGAUUUGGAGUUAGUGAAAGCUAAAUAAAGGAAAAUUUAUGUUCUGAGUAUGUGGGAAUUUCUUGAUGAACACAUGUCUUGUUAUAAUCAGAUCUACUUUCUUCAAAGUGAAAGCUGUGCUGUAGAGUAGGCAUUUGUGAAACUCCUGUCUGGGGUCUAAUUGACCUCCUUCCCCAAGUUUGUGGCAGUAUUUACUAUUUACUAACAUCUAGAGGUGAAAUACUAUAACCCCACACAAUCCGUGUGCAUCUAAAAUGUGAAACAUCUUGUUUGUGAUGCACAGACCUAGAGGAAAAAAUGGCCCGGGUCCCCGGCACUGGAGAGUGUGAUUAAUGAUCAGUGAUUUAGUGAUCAGUGAUUAGUGGUUUUAUUCAAACUGUUACCUCUGACCAGAAGCACACAUCAGAGGAUUAACAGGCUCUUUAGAUAAAUGCUCAUUAGUGGAAGGGGAAAAGCAAAGAUAAUAGGCAUGCACCCAGGGACAACUUUCGAAGAAAAUCAUUCCCGUCUUCAGAAUAAUAAGCUCUAUUAAGAGAAAGCCCUUUUAAUUUAAAACUUGCUUUUAUCUUGUAAAUCAAAGUUAGAUGUAAAAGUUUGUAGUGCCAUUAUAACCUAAAUUUUCCCAUAUCCACUAGAUGUGGAUUAUCUCAGUAGCGAUAUUUUUUUUUAUUUAAAUAAACAAUUGGACCUUUAGAGCAGCUGAACCCUGACAAGUUCUUAACUCCCAGGGUUUGAAGGUGUCCCCCCUUCUAGAAUGGAGAGUGCAACUUGCUAACUAGAUGGCGCACUGUUAUUUGGUGUGCUGUGCUGUGUGGUGCAGGAGUCUGACGGAGCAAGUAGCUGCUUGCGAGGUGUUCUUCAACACUUACAACAAAGUUGAUUCUGUGUAGGGUUGGAGGCUAGACGGUUCUACAAGUUUUUAGUCACAUUUUCCAUGUCAGUUAAAUCUAGGGUGUUCAAGGCUACUGGAAAAAUUAGUCUCAUUACUAAAAGAAACUUAGGGAGCGAGGGAGGAAAGGAGGGACAGGAGUCUAGGAGGUACCUUUGGGUUGCAGAAGUGAUUGUAAAAUACCAGAUCUGUUCUUUUUUUUACUAAGAGCUAGUUUCGUAAGCUUGUGGUCUGAAAUCCUGAGGCAAAUACUCAAAGAUUUAUUUUCUUCCUCAUCUUGCUGGUGAAAAAGGAGUUACUAGAAAGAAAGGAAGAAAAAACUUGAUUUGGUGACUGCAGGAAGCAACACGUUGCUGAUUUUAUUCUACAGAUAAUGAUUUAUGAGGAAUCCAAGAUGAAUUUGGAGCAGGAGAGGCCGUUUGUCUGCAGUGCCCCAGGCUGCUCCCAGCGCUUCCCAACAGAGGACCAUCUGAUGAUUCAUAGGCACAAGCAUGAAAUGACUUUGAAGUUUCCCUCAAUAAAAACAGACAAUAUGUUAUCAGAUCAGACUCCAACCCCAACGAGAUUCCUGAAGAACUGCGAGGAAGUGGGGCUCUUCAAUGAGCUGGACUGCUCCCUUGAGCAUGAGUUCAGGAAGGCUCAGGAGGAGGAGAGCAGCAAGCGGAAUAUCUCGAUGCAUAACGCAGUUGGUGGGGCCAUGGCAGGGCCCGGAGCUCACCAGCUUGGCAGCACCCGGAUGCCCAACCAUGACACCAGCGUUGUGAUUCAGCAAGCCAUGCCGUCGCCCCAGUCCAGCUCUGUCAUCACACAGGCACCUUCCACCAACCGUCAGAUCGGGCCUGUCCCAGGCUCUCUAUCUUCUCUGCUACAUCUCCACAACAGACAGAGACAGCCCAUGCCAGCCUCCAUGCCUGGGACCCUGCCCAACCCUACCAUGCCGGGAUCUUCCGCCGUCUUGAUGCCAAUGGAGAGACAGAUGUCAGUGAACUCCACCCUCCUGGGAAUGCAAGGUCCGAAUCUCAGCAACCCCUGUGCUUCUGCCCAAGUCCAGCCAAUGCAUUCAGAAGCCAAAAUGAGGUUGAAGGCCGCGUUGACUCACCACCCUGCUGCCAUGUCCAAUGGGAAUAUGAACACCAUGGGACACAUGAUGGAAAUGAUGGGCUCCCGGCAGGACCAGACGCCGCACCAUCACAUGCACUCGCACCCACAUCAGCACCAGACACUGCCAGCCCAUCACCCCUACACGCACCAGCACCAGCACCCAGCACAUCACCCUCAUCCUCAACCCCAUCACCAGCAGAACCACCCACAUCAUCACUCCCAUUCCCACCUUCAUGCACACCCAGCACAUCACCAGACCUCGCCACACCCACCCCUGCACUCCGGCAACCAAGCACAGGUUUCACCAGCGACACAACAGAUGCAGCCAACCCAGACAAUACAGCCGCCCCAGCCCACAGGGGGGCGCCGGCGAAGGGUGGUGGAUGAGGAUCCCGACGAGAGGCGGCGGAAAUUUCUGGAACGGAACCGGGCAGCCGCCACCCGUUGCAGACAGAAGAGGAAGGUCUGGGUGAUGUCACUGGAAAAGAAAGCAGAAGAACUCACCCAGACAAACAUGCAGCUUCAGAACGAAGUGUCCAUGUUGAAAAACGAGGUGGCACAGCUGAAACAGUUGUUGUUAACGCAUAAAGACUGCCCAAUAACAGCCAUGCAGAAAGAAUCACAAGGAUAUCUAAGUCCGGAGAGCAGUCCUCCUGCAAGCCCUGUCCCAGCUUGCUCUCAGCAGCAAGUCAUCCAGCAUAACACCAUCACUACUUCCUCGGCAGUCAGCGAGGUGGUAGGAAGCUCCACCCUCAGUCAGCUCACCACCCACAGAACAGACCUGAAUCCCAUUCUCUAAAAUCCACCGGUCAGACCUUGCCUCCAAGAAGAGCUGUCGCAUAUCAUGCGUCCUUUCUUUUAAGGGCAUUUUUAGAAUUAACUCAGACCUGGAAGACUCCUCAGCCCUUCAAAGACUGGCUUUCAUUUUUAUAGUUAUUAUGGAAAUGUUGUCUUUUAUACUUAGUUAUAUAAGAAAAAAGGGAGUUAUGCAAUUAAUAUCUAUCAGCUUGGGAAAUGCUUUGGUGCUUUUCUCCAAUUUUCUGGUACCAGUUACUUGUUUAUAAACUGAACUCUUUCUGUAUAUAGUCAUGGUUUCAUUUUUAUCAGUCCAACCCUUUGCCUGAAACAUUGAAUCUUGUUAAACCGCAGCUUUUAGCCAAAAUGAGGCAUACGUAGAUGUCGAGUAAACGGAUGCAAGGUCGCUGGGUGAGAAGUCUGAGGACAUCAUGAGACAUGUUGAGUUUGCGCUGUGAUGUCACCAGAAUCCCAGAUAAAUACAGAGCCUUUUCCACAACUUUUUCCCUUACUAUAAAAAAUUAUAAGAUCCAUUGACGUCCAAAUAAAACCACCAAGCAUCUCAACACCUCUCCUCCUCCUUUGGUCCACUUCCUCGAUGCCCAAUUUUCCUCUCCAUUUCGACUUUUUCCUGGGCUCCCUGUUUACUUCAUUUUUACUUUCUUCUGUUUUAUUCUUUUCCCGCUUUAACAUUGCAUGUAAAGAAGAAAAUAAUGUUUAAAGAAAAAAAAAGCAAACCUCAAAAAUGUGGAUCUAGCCAUUGCUUCCCUUGCCCGUGACCCACAGCUGGAGUUCAUUCAACUCUUGCUUUUUAUAAAAUAGUAACCAGGAGAUGUUGAAUGUGCCUGAUUUAAUGUUUCUAAUAAUCAAGCAAAUAAAAGUUGGCUUAGCCAUCAGUGAAGCACUGGUGAAGGCCAGCUGUGGAGACACUAGGGAGGGGAACUUUGUAAGCCUCGAUUGUGAAAGUCCAAAUUAUGAUGCGGGCUAUAACAUCACACCCUCGAAUUACAACUGGAUUUAUAUGGCCUGUCUAUAAUGUUGAAAAUCCACGUACUAUAUAAUAAUUCAGAAGGGCUCUAUUCACUACACAGAUUACGUUGUUCAAUCAUCAGCUGCUAACAGCCUAAGAUUUUUUUUUUUUUUUU